AUGUACGUACGUUCGCUCUUCCUCCCAGUGAAAUGCAGUGAAAGUCAACGAAAAAGGAGACGAACGCAGAGGACGACAACGAAAAAGGAGAGGAACGCAGAGGACGACAACGAAAAAGAAGAGGAACGCAGAGGACGACAACGAAAAAGAAGAGGAACGCAGAGGACGACAACGAAAAAGGAGACGAACGCAGAGGACGACAACGAAAAACCAGAGGAACGCAGAGGACGACAACGAAAAACCAAAGGAACGCAGAGGACGACAACGAAAAACCAGAGGAACGCAGAGGACGACAACGAAAAACCAAAGGAACGCAGAGGACGACAACGAAAAACCAGAGGAACGCAGAGGACGACAACGAAAAACUAG